AUUGUUCGUGAACCCAGCUGUGACCUAGUCAUAUCUAUGAAUACUUUGUUGGACUACAAGGAUUAAUUCUGAACGGGUAACAUUCCGAUAUGUAUAAGUUGUAACACAUAUAUUAUGAAUAAAUAAUAUAAGCAAUCUUGUAUUUAUUUUCACUACAACAAAUCAGGGAAACAGUUGAGUUUAGCUUAUUAGUUUCGUCAAAAAACUUUUCAUAGAGGACAAAUUGUUUGGAUUAAAAAAAAAACGUAGGCAUUAUCAGUUAUUGAUCUGAUCUGUCGCUAUUGAUAGAAAGUGUUUGUCACACUUGAGCUGGUCGACCGUAUCCACGUGCUAGAGAAAGUAAACAAACACACCCGUUUCGAUCACAGCUGACUGCACACAAAUGCCCAAAUCUACUGCACACAUGCACAAAUCAAGUGAGGCAAGAUGUUACACCAAGUUAUUUCUUACCUAUUGUUCUAGUUUUUUUCUGUUCGGAUUCCAUAACAUCAGUUGAGGUGUAAUAGUGUAAUAAUAAGGAUAUUUCAUAAACACAUAUGGACAUAAUUCAAUCAGUCCUAAAAGCCAAAGCUUAAUGUUUUCUCUUUUGUCAACCGCUACCUUCGUUUUUGGAGAAAAAUAGUCAAAACACAACUAAUGAAGGUGAAUUAAAUGGAAGACAAUAUAUGCAGAUAAACUUUACCAGCCAACAAUGUCGCUAGACAGUUAUCGAAUACUAAGCUAACUGUGAGCUGACAAAGGAAGAGAUUUGUCAUCAGUAAAACAGCGGCUUUCCGGGGUGAGAAGACACCUGAAAAGAUCUACCCAUAACCGGGUCUUCUGGUAAGUGUGGUGUUGCCUUUGCACUCGUCAGAAAGAAUAUAUUUGAGUAAGUCAUGAACUGAGAUAUACAAUAUAGACACCAAUGUUUACUCGAGAGUCACUUUAAGUUGGUGUGUGUCUUUUAGUUGUAUAGACUUUAUGAAAGACAGGAUAGAAAAAUCUCAUUGACUGUUGAGAAAUGGGAUCAUCUUCCAGCAACUGUCGUAACGCUAGUGUUAAUCCAUACAGAGUUCAAAAUGCCGGAAGAUUUUCUUCUAACAACCAGGAAACUCUUACGAAACCUCAAACAAAUCCUAAACUAGGCUCUCAGCCUAGUUCGCUGGGCGUCAAUUCAGAUGCAGUGCAAAAGAUCAUCCCGGCUGUGACCAAAGUUGAUCUAAACAUUGCGGCCAACAGCAAAGCCCAUCAGACUAGCACGUUUGACAUCUGCAGGACUGUGGUCAACCCUAAACUGGUUGUCAGGCGAGGUCAGAGUUUCACAGUGGUCGUGGAAUUGUCUCAAGAGUUAGAUGAAGCCUCACAAGACUUAAGAAUUACUUUUGAAACAGGUAAACAGCCACUAGUGAGUAAAGGUACUCAAGUCAUCUUUUUCUUGUCAUCUGAAAUCGGACCUAAAGAAUGGGGAGCGACACAACUCAGCAAAAAUGGAAACAAAUUGACCCUAACCCUACAGACCAGUCCCACAUGUUUCGUUGGCAAAUGGACAUUGAUAUUUGACGUCAUCAAAAGGGAUGCACCUAAAGACAAAAGUCAAAGAUAUAAAGUGCCUGAUCAGGUGUACAUCUUAUUUAACCCCUGGUGUAAAGAUGACAUAGUAUAUAUGAGCGACUCGGACCUACUGAAUGAGUAUGUCUUAAAUGAAAUCGGUAAAUUAUAUACAGGCAGCCAGAAAAACAUCACUUCUAAGCCUUGGAAUUUCGGACAGUUUGAAACAUGCGUCCUAGACGUAGCUCUAUAUCUGCUCGAUGUCUCCAAGCUCAAAGUGGAAGUCAGGGGCAACCCUGUCAACGUAGUCAGGGCUAUUUCAGCAUUGGUUAAUUCCAAUGAUGAUGACGGAGUUGUUGUUGGUCGAUGGUCAGGGAAUUAUGCUGAUGGUCACUCUCCUGCCUCUUGGACUGGAACUCCAGCCAUAUUAGAGGAGUACUGGAAAACCAAAGAACCCGUCAAAUACGGCCAGUGCUGGGUUUUCUCUGCAGUUACUACUUCCGUCUGUCGAGCGUUAGGAAUCCCUACACGUAGUGUUACCAACUUUCAGUCAGCCCAUGACACAGACGGAUCAAUCACUAUCGAUGUUCACCAUAAAAUAGAUGGCUCCAUAGAUAAUGAAGUAGAAAACGACUCCAUUUGGAACUUCCAUGUUUGGAAUGAAGCUUGGAUGGCCAGACCUGAUCUUCCUGCUGGCUAUGGAGGCUGGCAGGCAUUUGAUGCCACUCCCCAGGAAACAUCUAACGGUGUGUACUGUUGUGGACCUGUCUCUGUCGCCGCCAUCAAACAAGGUGCAGUGAACGAACCUUACGACGGUUCUUUUGUUUUUGCUGAAGUGAACGCUGACCGUGUCCAUUGGAGGCCGAAUGCUCUCGGUACCAUGGUGGUCAUAGGAAUAGACUACAACAUAGUUGGCAAAUAUAUUAGUACCAAGGCUGCUAACUCUGGAGAUCGUGAAGACGUAACUAAUUCAUACAAAGCCCAAGAAGGUUCACCAGAAGAACGAGCAGCCGUGCUGAGAGCCAACCAACUGGCAUCAAACAGGAAGGACAUUUACAACCUACCUACAACUGACGUUGAGUUCUCUUUGUUGGCCGAUACCAAGGAAACAUUUAUUGGCGGGAACUUUGAUCUGACCUUGAAGAUGAAGAACUCAGGAAACAGUAUUCGAACUAUUGGUGGCAAAAUGGAAGUCAAAACAAUGUUCUACACGGGUGUUCUAGCUGACCUGGUCAAGUCAGAGAACGUUAGCCUUAAGCUCGAUCCAGGUCAAGAGUUGUCAUUCCCUGUGCACAUCUUUGCAUCAGACUAUGAAAGUAAACUAAAAGACAGUUGCAUGCUGGACAUUGCAGUGAUGCUUUUUGUGGAGGAAAGUGACCAAAUAUUUGUCAAGAAAGAUACGUACAGGCUGAGGAAGCCUCACCUGGUCAUACAGGGACCAACAGAAUCAAAAUUAGGCCAGGAGCUGAAGGUGGACGUUUCCUUCACCAAUCCUCUCUCAAAAGCUUUAACCAAAACUUACCUGAUGAUUGACGGAGUGGUACAAGCCAAGAGAUUAGAAAUGAGCAAAGUUCCAGCGAAUGGUGUGUUUCAAUCAACUGUGAGUGUUACACCAAACAAAGUUGGCAAGAAAGAAUUGAUCGUUGUUUUUAACUCUAGAGAACUGGAAGAUGUGAAUGGCAGUUUACCGAUCUUAAUCAAUUCUUCUUGAUAAAAUAAUGAAAUCAAUUCUUCAUGAUGAAGUGAAUUUAAAAAAAAAUGAAAACAAAAAUCUAAUUCUUUAUGAUAAAAAUCAUUUUUUUGCUAAAAUCUAUUCAUCCUAGACUUUUAACACAAGUUUUUAAUAUAGCACAAUGCCAAAUGUUGUAUAGUAACUACUUAUUACGAAUUACGCUUCACUUAGAUUACACUAGCCAGAUUUGACCCGCGGCAUGCGGGCUUUAGUUUGGGUAUUACUGAUCUACUGGAUGAAUUUAGAUCUAUGUCAAAGAUGGAGAAUGUUCCCUUCACAUUUUUUUAUUUGGCCACGAAAAUAAAAAAAAGUUGGGAAAAUGGGUUUACCCGUUCUGCCAACAUAUUUAUAUCAAAUAUAACAUAUAACGGAUUUACCCGAUUUAUUAAAAAGUUUCGUUCUUUAAUAUGCAUACAAUAAGGUACUCUUUGUCUAUUUUUAGGGUCCUCUAGUUGUGGGAGGUAGAUUAAACGUAUACUACGAUCUCGCAAUGAUAUAAGGAACAUUUAUGCCAAGUUUUAUCAUGAUUGGUCAAACGUUUUGAUUUUUAUUCCAGACAUACAUACAUAGGCCUACAUGCGCCUUUCUUAUAUAAUAGGUAUUACUGUUGUUUGUUUUUGUUUGUGUAUAACAGUGUUUCCCAAACUGUAUUCCGCUAACCCUAGUGACCUGAAUAGUUGAUUCACAAACUACUGGAAUAAUUAACUAGUAGGCCACCACGUGAAUUAAUCUCUCUAAAAAAAAAAUAAGCAAAGUGUUCCAAUAAAUACUCAGAAUGUGCAAAG